AUGUCUGGCCUGCCGCUCGAUGAAGAUCAGGUGCUCUGCUACCCUUCGACAUCCCGACAACGCCACGGUGGAAGUAAACCGCCCGAGUCAUCUUCCACAGAUGCGACUGGAAACGAACCUGAGUACAGCGUAGCCGAAGAUGACGAAGGACUUCCAUACUCCGAACAGUACCCAACCUCUCAUGCCACUUGCAACGUCCACGAUGAGCCGAACGCCCAGACAGUCGCAGAAUUGCAGUUCGAGUACUUCCAUCACCUGGCAGCUUUGCCAUCCUACAGCUUCUUGCAUGCGGAUACCGUUGUACGGAGGUUGAACGAGAAGAGCCUAAGCGAGCCACUGAAACUGGCUCUUUGUGCCAUAGCAGCUCUUCUUCUGGGUCACCAACACCUGCCUGCCACAGCAUGGGUGGAUCGGGCGGAGAAAGCUUUGUUCGACGUCCUAGACCGGCCAUCCGUGUUCCAUCUCCAAGCUUUGCUUCUCAUCAUACAAUAUCGGGCCGCAGCAGGCUACUUUGCUCGAGCGUUUAUGCUCGCCGGGCUAGCAGCUCGAGCAGCUGCUGCGUUACGCUUGCAUUACGAGCACAGCGAACUGUCUUCAGUGGCGCAAGAGUCGCGGCGUAGGACGUUCUGGGCGUUAUAUCUCCUCGAGGACCUUUUCAGUGUUGGAAUUGCCGAGUAUGAGCUUUGUCGGCCGGAGACGAUACAUUUACGGCUUCCAAACACAGACGACAGUGAAGCGCAGGGCAGAACACCUGCCUUUCUCAACUCAGACGAGGCGUGUGAGACUGGUGGCCUGGGUUCUCAUGCUGCCGUCCUCAAGCUGACGAGCAUUCGACGUAGCAUUAUGAAGGUGACGAGAAGGAUCCUGUCGAACGAGCAAAUCUUCCGACACCUGCUGCGCGAUGUCAAUCGGCAUCAGACUGACUUGGAAAAUAUUCGUAAGCGUCUGGAACCUCAUAACCGUUAUCCCCCAUCCGAUUUCCGAGGCUUCGAAUGGCGGCCAAUUUAUCUUAUGCUCCAUGUUUCCUGGCACCAAUGUCACUGCGACCUCUAUCGGAUGUUUCUGCCCAAUUACCUUCAAGCCUCACCUUCGUCGGUACUUGAAGGCGUCUCGAGCGAAGAACAGACACGGCUGGGCAGAGCGGCGCUCAAGCACGCAGAAGAGAUAGCACAUAUCAUUGGCGAGUUCUGUCGAUAUGCGGAGGACCUCAGAAUACUGGAACUGGACACUGCCGUCUGCGCAUACCACGGCGCUCGUCUGAUAUUGUUCGGUGCUUUCCGUCUCACUGACAGCUCGGUCGGCGUCAUGGAAAAGCAGAGGGCAAUCAGCACGGCCAAGCUCUGUCUCGAUUUCAUAAGUCGCUUCUUUGCCAACACCAUGGCCAGUAGGCCGAUUCGCGACGACCUUACCCGCCUCAUCAGGCUUCAGGAGUCUCUACUGGCUUCACCUUCGGAAGGAUCACCCGUCAGCCCCGAUGAAGCUCCAACAACAUCCCCAGGGGUGUCUACUUUCGCAAACGCACGGCAGAAACUUUCAGUACACAGUCUGUUGUUGCAGUCCGACUUUGUCGACGACAGCGGUGACAUCGCCCCAUCAGCAACUGAGCAACCUCCACGCUUUAUUGGAAGUAACACACUCCCUCCUGCGACCGAACAUGUUCAGCAAGGCCAGUCUACCGUCGACAGCCUUGCUCCAGAUUUGUUGUAUCCACUAUUUGACGGAAUCGAUCCCUUUGGCAUCUCGUAUUGGGAGAAUGCCGGACUGUCGCAAAUCGGUUAUGACAGCGCAUUUGCCAUGCCAACGUUCGCAGAUGGAAGUUGA